CCUUAUAAGACAUUAAAGGAUUGCAUAAAAUUAAACUAUUUUGAUGCGUUGUGUCAAGGAGUGUCAGUCCAAUAAUUCGCCUGGGGCGCCGAGUUUUCUUGGGCUGGCUGCGGACUCAGCUAAUAACCAGUGGCGUGCAGCUCAUAGAGGAAUCAUGUCUCAAGAAUCAGACUGUAUAAGCAGAUUUUUCGACCCUGAAGACAAUAACAUCUCCAGAAGUCCAAGCAGGCUUUCACUGUCACCAUUCAAAACAUUAGAAAGUUCUCAGGAUAUGAGUCAAGCUUCCAUCGGAUCUGAAUCAGAUCUGAGCUUUUCACAGCUUACAAUUGAAGAACCAGAACCUAUACAAGUCCCACCAUUUUAUAACCUGACUCCACGUUUGAUGCCUCAUUCGCCACACUACGUCAUCGAGGAAGAAUUUUCUAACAAUCCCUGGGCGAUGUUAGUAGCAACUAUUUUCCUAACCAAAACUUCAGGUAAAGCAGCAAGACCCUAUAUGAAAACUUUCUUCGAAGAAUACCCUUCACCUUACCACGUAUUGAGUGAAACGCCCACGAAUUUAGAAAGGGUUUUUGACAAUCUGGGGUUGAAGAAGCGAGGCCAAAUGAUUUGGAAACUGAGUUAUCAGUUUGUUUCUGCUAAAUGGCGGCGGGCGAGCGAUCUAUGCGGUAUUGGUAAAUACGGUGAAGACGCUUACAGGAUUUUCUGCUUAGGACAUACAGAUGUAGACCCUGAGGACAGGUAUCUAAAAUUGUAUUUAGACUGGCUGAGAGGAAACACCGAGUUCAUGAAAGACAAUGGCGUGACGGACAGCGAACACGUAAUCGAAGAUCCGGUUCUGAAGUAUUAUAGAAUUACUUUGCGAAAUGUUUGAUAUAAGUAAAUAAAAAAACAUUCUUCUAUACUUACGGUGUAAAUUAUCAUGGUUAGAAUUAGUUAGGUAUUUCAAAUCUAUGUAUUGUAUUGAAUGGGGGUUUUUUGUUACUUACCGAGAAAUUAUACAUCAAGAAUAUUGUGAUAGUUAAAUUGGAAAACUAUUAUUGUUAUCAGAUAAAUUAAUUAUUUUAAAGUUAUUGCAUGUCU